GACCAAGGGACGCGGGAUCUUGAUAUUCAGCCUUCUAUUCAACGACGACUGCGCAGUCCUUGAUCAAUCAAACAUGGGCGGUCUCACAUAUGGCGCCUAUGGCGCAACCACUGCCCUGACAGUCAUCGGACUUUACAUGCUGUUCAAUGGAGAGGGCGAGGCUUUUAACGUUGGAGACUUCCUUCUCAGCAUUUCGCCCCACGCAUGGGCUAGCACAGGUAUCGGCCUCUGCAUUGGUCUCUCGGUCGUUGGAGCUGCAUGGGGUAUCUUCAUCACCGGCUCCUCGAUUCUCGGUGGUGGUGUCAAGGCUCCCAGGAUCCGAACCAAGAACUUGAUCUCCAUCAUCUUCUGCGAAGUCGUCGCCAUCUACGGUGUCAUCAUGUCCAUUGUCUUUUCCGCAAAGCUGGCCUCGGUGGGCUCUGAUGCCGCAAGAUCAGGCAGCAACUACUACACUGGUUUCGCCCUCUUCUGGUCUGGUCUCUUGGUCGGCGCUUGCAACUUGGUCUGCGGUGUGUCUGUUGGUAUCAACGGUUCCAGUGCUGCUCUUGCAGAUGCUGCUGACCCCAGCUUGUUCGUCAAGAUCCUGGUCAUUGAGAUUUUCAGUUCAGUCCUCGGACUCUUCGGUCUCAUCAUUGGUCUCCUACUCUCCGGUCCCGCUGCCGACUUCCACUAAACUAUUCGAUACCCUGGACGCUGUGUGUCAUGAAAGAGGAGAGAAGGGAUAAUGAAAUGGAGUCCACAAGAAGAAAGAAAAGGGCAACUCAACACUGCCUCACAAAUACUGUCGCAAACGAAGCCAGUCAGCCAGCAUUAGUAGGCGUCCGG